AUGAUGGCUUUAAAGAUGUUGUACCGUGGGCCCAGUUCGCGUUUGGAGAAUUUAAUUGAAAAAAUUCAGGCAACGAAGGAAAUAACAAAUAAUGACAUGUACUCUACGCACACCUCCUCCAGCUAUUCGCCCUCGAUCUCUGAUGGCACGAUCACGCCCAACUCACACAAAACACAAGUGGCACACACGGGGGAGCAAUCCGAGUCUGCGACUGUCGUCUCCAACGGUGAAAACACAAAAGCCAAUGGCCAAGGUGCUGGUGAAGAACAAUUGCUUGCCACAGUAGCUCCCAAGUCGAAACGCCCGCCACACUUGCAUCAUCAUCACCAAUACCAUCAGCAAGUACUUAAAAUUGCCAACAAGCUGCGCAAAGUUAAGAAAGAAACCAAAAUGCAGAUGGGUGGUGUGGCACCUGGGGCGGCAGGCGGCAGCAGCGCCUCCACAAAGUUUGAUAAGUUGACAAGCGAAGGCAUUAAAAGCAGUAGCGACGGUUCCUAUCAGUGUCAGUUCUGUGAUAAAUCAUUUCCGCGACUUGGUUAUUUGAAGCAUCACGUGCAGAGCCAUGCCGAGCAUUUGCCUUUUAAGUGUGAAUACUGCGCUAAGCUAUUCAAGCAUAAGCGUUCCCGAGAUCGCCACAAGAAGCUUCACACGAACGAACGAAACUACAAGUGCCCGCACUGCGAGGCGGCAUUCUCCCGAAGUGAUCAUCUAAAAAUUCACAUGAAAACCCAUGACAUUCAGAAGCCUUUUCAAUGCAGCAUGUGCAAUCGGGGCUACAAUACAGCCGCAGCACUAACCUCACAUAUGCAAAAGCACAAGAAGAACGCCGCCAUCCUAGCAGCUGGAGGUAAUCCUAAUGCACUUAACUACAGUCCACGCUCUACAGGAUCUGCGUCCGCUUCAAUCUCGAGCAAUGGUAGCCUGCAUAAACGGCGCUAUGCCCUCGCCUUAGCAGCAUCUGACAGCAGUCCUAACCACCAAGAAUUUUCCAAGCGGGGGCGGAACCACGUAACGCCUACGCCACUUUUACGCUGCAGCUACUGCCCCAAGGCUGAAUUUAGUAGCUUGGAGGAGCUGAACUUACAUUUGCAAAGCAUUCACGAGCAGGCUCCACAGCUCGAACCAGCGAACCAGGUAGACGACGGUUUUCACCUGAGCUGUGAGUACUGUACAAUGAAAUUUGGAAACAUUGCCGGCCUCUUUCAACACAUGCGUACCACGCAUAUUGAUCGUCUGAACAGUCCUAACUCAUAUUACGAACACUUUAAUCGCCUGGCUACCGCUGGAACUUUCAGUCCACGGCUAGUGCUUGAACAGAUACCUAAGAACAAACGUGAUGUGACAAGUCCCACGCAGCCAACUCCUAAGUUAACCGAAGAGGGACCCACAGAUCUAAGCAGUAACAAUCGUCACGUUGCCACCGCAGUCUCCCCACGCGGCUCGCCUGCCCUCCAUUCUCAGGGCCAUUCCGCCCCAGACGUUUUCUUAUGCAAUCAGUGCAACGCUGGCCUCCCAGACUUUGAAAGGUUUCGAAUUCAUCUGAAGUCACACAUCGCCGAGGGAUUGCAGCUUAACUGCCCCCACUGUGGGCUAACGCUGCCAGAUCAGUCUGAGUUUGAACAUCAUGUUGUCACCCACUUUCUGAUCCACAACUCUGAGUUUUACUGCACGGCCACAGAUUGCAGUAAAGCAUUUAGCAAAGUUGAUGAGCUCCAAAAGCAUUUGGUGAGUGAGCACGUGCUGACCAUGCUGAAGUGCGCCAUCUGCUCUGAGCUCUGCGAUUCUCAAAUGACCAUGCGGUUGCACUUUGCUUGUGCUCAUAGUCAGGAAACGAAGCUGCUCCGAUGCAGUGCAUGUAUGGAGCUGUUUCAUAGCGAACCGGAAUUCCAUGCACAUGUUCGUACACGUCAUCAGUUAGCUGCGAACCAUGGUCACUGCCACAAUGAACUCCCUCCCGCGGCAUCGGUGCCAGGUGCGAACACGCUUCAAUGCAUGUUUUGUCGCGUAGUCUGCACUUCGGAGCUUGAAAUGCACUUUCAUUUGGCAGCACAUGCACGCCAGUUUCGUUGUCCAUCUUGUCCAGAGACAUUUCACGUUGAAUUUCUGCUCGACCGGCAUAUGCAAAGUCAACAUGGUGGGAACAUGGCCGGUGCCUUGGAGGAGUGUGCAGCCAGCGACAAGGAAAGCUCCGAUGAGGCUCCUGCAGCGCCUUCCAACUCGCUUAGCCCCAUAAAUAGUUUGUAUAUAAAUGCACUGUUUGGAGCCAAAGCGCAGCCAUUGGGUUCAAUUGCCGGAAACAGCAACUUAAACGCCACUACAAACAACAACAAUAGUAUUCUUGAUUACAAUGUAGCUUUUGCUGCUUCUCAACUGCAGCAUAAUGGACUGUUUGCUCCCCCACCAAUAGGCGCCAGCCCUGGAAAAUUCUAUAAUCCACUCCAAGUGGAUACUGUAGGCCUCAAGCCAUCCCACCCAGCGCUUAUGUAUGGAAUAAAUCAGCGAUAUUUCGACACGAAUCGGGCUCUGAUGGAAAUGUACGCUACUCAGCAAUCCAAAUCAGCAGGUGGAUAUGCCGCACCAAGUCCUAAAACGCAGGGCAAGGCUGAGACAGGCAGUGGGAGUGCUGGCUCUGCUGUGAACGCUUAUAGCUGUGGGAUGUGUGACCGCCAAGAUUUUCGCAGCGAGACAGAACUUCUCUCGCAUCGCAAAAUCUCGCACAACAUGAAGACAGGUGUAAGCCUUCGAUGCGCCUACUGUGCCGGAAACUUUAAGUCCCGCAACGAACUGGAACACCACAUGAAAACCUGUCAUAACUCGACGGGCAAACACAAAUGUCUCAUCUGCGACGAGGUCUUUCCGUCACCAGCCAUUCUCGCAGAGCACAAGUUGCAGCACUCAAAGGUGGGCCAAUCAGGCAAAUGUUGCCACUGCGCCAAGCCGCUGCCGGAUGUAGCCGCCUUUAAGGGUCACCUGCAUGAGCAUGGUCACAACAAUAACAGUAGCACUGCGCCCGUGCAAUGUAUAUGCUGUCGGCAGACCUUGCACUCGGACUUUGAAAUUAGUCUGCACGCCAAAUUUCACACAAAAUCAAGCAACAGUGUGCAAGAGCCAGUUUGCGCUCUUUGCUUAGAACCACUGCCGGAGACUCCACCCGUGAGAGCGAAGGUAUGUGACAGGUGCUGGCGAAAACACAGUUUAAAUUCCAAACCGCGAAAGUCCAGCAACUCGGGACUUCCAGCAUCGCCACUGUUCAUCGAGAACCGCUGCAGUCUCUGUAAAAUGAUUCUUCCCCAUGCUGCCAAGCUGCAGGAGCAUCUGGUGGAGCAUACAUUUUCCGGUACAGGGGAACGUGGUUUCAAUUGCUAUAUCUGUUCUGCCGUAUUCACAGCGCCCGCGGGUCUCCUCAACCACAUGCUGGAGCAUGGACCCCAUGCUCGUCCAUACGACUGUAACCUGUGUCCGGACAGAUUCUAUUUUCGGGCCGAGUUGGAUCAUCAUCAGCGAGUACACGAGCUGAGGCCUGUGGACGCAAAUGUCCCUUCAGCGCCGACGCCCGGAGCCCCACCUAAGCAGCAGCCUAUUACACUAUCUAACCCAGCUGUUGUGAAGGGUGAGGCCUAUGAAAUGCCGACCACAGUAGCUUCACCACCGAUAGAAAACGCCCAGGAGGAAGAAGAAUACAUUGAGGUAGAGCAAAUGCUACCUGAAACACGUUCAGCCACAACAGAGGAGCCAAGUUCAGGGUCUAUCAGCAAAGAACAUUCCAGCAGUAGCCCCUAG